UUCGACAGUGAUGGCAGCAUUUAUUUUGGCCUCCGAUAACAUGGACCACGUUUCUGAUCAAAUUCUGAUGAAGGAUCUGGACGUUAUUGAUAUGUUAUGUGACAUUGACACAGAUGUAAGCCUGACACAAUUAUGUGCAGAAAUAAGUAAAGACCAAUUUCUAGGCGACGAUGAUGAAAAUAACAGUCUAUCACAGAUUGCCGCCCAAGCAGAAAAAGAUUUUUUUAAAACAGAAGAUAUUUUGGAUAUUAAUUUUGAUGUGCCUCUUCCGGACCUUGAUAAUAUUAGUUAUGGGGACUUUCAUAUUGAUGCGGUAGCGGAUGUGAACAGUUUUGUCAAUGCCGAAGUCUACACAGACGAUGAAAGUUCUAGAUUCGGCAACCUGACAACAGAGGAUGACAUGAACGAGUUAAUAUCGGACACUAUCCCGAAAAACACCAAAAAGAGUACAAACUGGGCAAAAAAUGUUUUCGAAGCAUGGAGAAAUUAUAGGACAUCACUAGGGGAAGGAAUUCCUGAAAUUGAGAAAUUUUCAGUUGAUGAUGUUAAUAAAUUGUUGUCCAGAUUCAUAGUAGAGGUUCGGAAAAAAAAUGGAGACUUUUAUCCACCAAAAUCACUAUAUCUCCUAUCCGUCGGGCUAUUGAGAAGUAUCAGAGACGCUGGAAUUAGCAUGAACUUUAUGGACGAGAGAGAUGAUACAUUCUUAAGAUUUAGAAGAGUUCUUGAUUCCCAGAUGAAAAGUUUAACUGCAAAGGGCUAUGGUAUGACUACCAAGCAAGCAGACCCUAUUUCGCAAGAACAGGAAAUGAUUUUAUGGGAUAAAGAAGUUGUUGGGUACGAUUCGUCGGCGGCUCUUUUAAAUGGUGUCUUCUUUUAUAAUUGCAAAUUAUUUGGGAUGCGUGGGAGAGAUGAACACCAUAGCUUGGAUGCAUCUCAGAUUAAUAUAGGAACUGACGAUAAAGGAAAGUAUAUUCAGUUCAUAGAGACAAACAGUAAAACAUUUAAAGGUGGGCUAAAGCAGAAAAAUGUUGAGAACAAGAAUAUUAAGCAUUACACAAAUGCGAGCAGCGACAGGGAUUUAUUUAAGCUAUACGAGCUCUACAUUGGACAUUCUGAAAUUAGUCCGGAGGGAAAUUCAAAGUUCUAUAAGCGUCCAUUGCAAGAUUCAUUGAGAUUCUCCAAACAAAACCUUGGCAUCAACAAGCUUGAAAACCUUAUGAAAACCAUGUGCACCAAAGCUGGACUCUCUGGCAACUUUACUAAUCAUAGCGGGAAGCGUACCUGUGCAACUACUAUGUUCCAGUCAGGAAUAGAUGAGCAAACUAUAAUGUCGCGAACUGGUCACCGCAGUGUCCAGGGUGUUCGAAAAUACAAAAGGCCUUCAGAUGAUCAGCUACGAGACAUAUCAAACGUUUUGGAGCCGAACUGUAAAUCAUCUAAAAUCAAAACUGAGAACAAUUCUUCUGACGGAAAGGAAAACGAAAAGUGCCAUAUUGUUGAACUUCAAAGUCAGAGUAAGAGUUGCGUACCAUUCGGAGGAUUUAACAACUGUAAUGUUACCUUUAACAUUGGGAAGUAAAAAUGCAGCCGGUAAAUGCGGUG